AUGGAAUCCUUCACAGAGGAUCUAUGGGAGAUGAUACUAGCGAGGUUGCCGCUAAAGAGCAUGACGAGUUCCAAAUUGGUUUGCAAGCAAUGGAAAGCGAUCGUGGAAUCGCCGUUGCUCCGCAAGAUUUUCGAUUCUCACCAUCAAAACUCGCAGUCCUCGUGGUCGCUCAUGGACAGAGAACAUGAAGUCAUGGCUCACUACGGAUGCGAGAUCUGGGGACUUUCACGAUCUUUGGGUUCUUACAUCUCUUUCCUAAACGAAAAAUUCGAGACAGAGAAGGUUAGAUACGUGUCUUACACGGAAGUCGGAUUGAUGUUGAUUGGAAUGCCCGCUUUCUCCUACUAUGUGGCUAAUCCGAUUUCAAGACAAUGUGUUGAACUACCUCCUAUUCCUCUUAGUCUAGAGGUUCAUUUUUUCGGUGUCUCUGGACUCGUCACACGAAUUGAAAACGGCUUACUUUUAGGUUACAAAGUUGUUCUGGUGAGGACAAGAUGUAUCAGAUCUAACGUUUCCAUAGAUGUAUUAAUCUAUUCAUCUGAGGCAGGCUUGUGGAGUUUCAAGACUAUCCACUACUCAGCUCUUCCUGUUAGCUUGAAAGGAAAGCUUUACUGGCGCGGAAUGUGCUUAGACGGUAAAGAAGCUGUUGUAUCACAUGAUUUCUAUGCGGAAUCUGAACAAUGCCUAAUUAUACAUUUCCCUGACUCCGAAAAAAACCCUUAUUUCAGAAGAGCUGUCACAGCUUCUCAAGGGUUUAUCAUGUAUAUAAACUCAUACAAAGAUGAUUUGAGUUUACGUGUAUGGAGGCUAAAGAGCGGGGAGUGGCAAAUAGUGUCAGAGAUAUUACUGGAGACCGCUUUCGACUGCAUUCUGCUUGGAAUGAACCCUUUUGAUGCUAAUAAAAUGUACUUCAAGAGCGAUGUGCAUACCUGUUUGACAUUUACUAACUUGCUCCACAAGGGAGCCAAGUUUGGGCUUAAGGAACGUAGCAGCUUCGGUCACACUCUGAGUUUUGAGGGAGUAUUGGUCCCCCAGAAGAUUGAACGCCUCUAUUCAAAUUAUUCCACGUUUUUUCUCCCGCGUUGGCUGUAUCGGAUCCCUUCCCCACCAUCUUGA